ACUGUGACACGUUUCCUAACUGCCUAACAAAAUGCAUUGUGAUUGCAACAGGUGUACACAUUUACAAAUACCAAUUUACAAUGGAUUUGCAAGUAUCAGUAGGUCAGAUUUGUUAUCUGCUAAUAUAGGUACAGCCAGUGGUGGAAAGAAGCAGCCGGGCAAGCAAGUUGCAGAGAAACCCCAGCAAUCUCAGAGUUCUAGGAACCUCCCAUCAAAUUGGGAAGAAUUUGUUUCGGAUUUGGAGGAUACAGCCGAAGGCAGCAGUAGCCAGGCAACUGAUAUUGUGCGAAAGAGUAAAAGCGCUGAUUAUGCUUACUUACUUUCAGAGGCCAAGGCUCAGUCUGUUAUUCUUCCGAUAUCUAUUCAUAACUCAAUGAUGUCCUUGAUGGGGUUAGGUCUAUUGCUUUCUGCCAGAGGGCAAGGCAAUAUCUCGUGGAUAGCAGAUGAUGACUUCAAGUUGGAAGACAAAUCGACAACCAGUUAUGAGGCACCAUUUUUAUCCCUAAAUAUGCACGCUCUUGCUGAACAACUCGCAAAAGCAAACGUUUCAAAAAGGCUUUUUGCUGAACCAGAUCUACUAACUCUGGAGCUGGUACUUAAAAUUUCCGCGACUCUGUUCCAUUUCUAUUUCACAUGGAUCUUCUCAGAAUUCCUUGAGGCCUCAGAUUUCUACAUGACAUCAAUAUGGCUGAGUUCUAUGCAUUUCCAGUUUGAUGCUUUUUGUCUUGGUAUUUUUUUUUUAUUUAUUUUUAAUUUUUUUACAUCAAGUUAUGCAUGUCAUUGUUGAUUCUUUGAUACGUUGAAUAUGGUUGAUUUCAUGUUUUGAUUAUGACAAACAAGAUGGUUUGCAUAAAGUCAUAACAACAAAUUCAUAAGGGAUAAAAAUUUUAGAUACCACAUGUGAUUCAUAUAUUCUCCUCAUCUUUCAUACAUAUAUUUCCCCUAUUUUUUACAACUCAAUAACCAUCUUAAGCACAUCACAUUUUUUGUAUUUAUAAUAGUAUAUAUGCAUAUCAUCUCAUAUGUUGUUCCCCUUUUAGCAUAAGCAAAAAAUAUUAAAUGGGGAUCUAAAAACAAGUCAUGCAAGAUAAAAAAGACGAUCAUAGGCACAAAUAGUCGCAAGUAAAUUCCCUCUUAAAGCAACAUAUGAUAUCAAUCAAUGAAAGGUUAAGAUAGAGCAAAUUGCAUCCAUGACAAAAGUUACCAGAUUGUAUAGCGUGAAGAAGCGAGACAUAGCAUAAGCGUAUCCAAAACACAUAAGCAUAAAGGAGUAUCCAAAACACUUAAACAUAGAACGCAAACCAUAGCUACAGUUCUGAAGGAAGCGAUGGAGGGAAGUGAGCGUAAAAUGCACUCUUCUGAGCUUGCAUUGCCGCUUGUUGAACUUGAAUUGCAUCUUGUUGGACUUGCAUGGUAGCUUGUUGAGUUUGAAUUGCAUCUUGUUGGGAUUGACUAUCCCAACAAGAUGCAAUUCAAGCUCAACAAGCAGCGAUGCAAGCUUAGGUGACUGCCUUUUAAGCUCACAUCCCUCCACCACCUCCUCUGGAGACUGGAGCCGUAGCUAUGACUUACGUUUUAUGUUUAUGUAAUUUGGAUGCUCCUUCAUGUUUCUGUGCUUUGGAUACACUUAUUCUUCAUCUCGCUUCUUCAUGCUAUAAAAUUUCGUAACUUCUUUUGUCGUGGAUGCAAUUUUCUCUAUUUUAACCUUUCAUUGAUUGAUAUCGCGUGUUGCUUUAAGGGAGAAUUUACUUGCUACUAUUUGUGCGUAUGGUUGUCUUUUUUAUCUUGCAUGACUUGUUUUUAGAUUCCCACUUUAUACUUUUUGCUUACGCCAAAAGAGGGAAAACAUAGGAGAUGGUAUGCAUAUAUACUUUUAUAAAUACGACAAAUGUGAUAUUCUUAAGAUGGUUAUUAAUCUGUAAAAGAUUGGGGGAAGAUAUGUAUGAAAGAUAGGGGGAAUAUAAUAAUCAUAUGUGAUAUUUAAAAUUUU